CCUCCCUCCCUCCCCCGUCUCUGUCUGCGGGAAUCCAACUUCUCAAAUCUCAACUCACCCACAAUGUUGCGCGGCUGCUUAAAAGCCACUGUGGGUGCCAAGACCAGGUUCCCCUGCUACUUGCCCGCCCUCCUCCUUCCUCCCCCUCACUAGCAGCCUCCUCCCAUCCAUGCCCUGAAGAGACCUGCGGCCCGCUGAGCAUCCUCCCCAAGAAGCUUGCUUGCUGUUGCUGGAUCUUGCCACCAGACUGUCUCUUCUGGAACCUCAUGUCGAUUUCGCCCUAUCCACUGAUUGAUCCUAACGGGAUAGUCAGCAUAGUUUUAUUGCUCCCGAGGCCUCUUCCCAGUCUUUGUAAAUCACUUCUCUGAAGCGCUUCACCCUUUUUUCUUCAUAUAAAAUAUACUCCUACUACUCCUUAACAAAACAUAUACAGUGUUUUUUUAAGAAAAAAAUCUCGCUAGUGCUCUGUGGACUUGAUUGAUGAGUAGAUUAAAAGAAGGAAUAAACAAAGCCUUUUCACUGUGUUCGUUGCUAGCUGCUCCUCUGCAUCUGCCGCAUCUGCAUGUGCUGCAGGUUUACAUGACCGGUAGGUUUCCUGCAGGCGUAUAGGCUCCUCGCACUGCCACUGCAUCUACCUUUCCUUUUCCCUAUCAUUGGCCUCCCUGUUCCCCCUGCACUGCAUAGUCCAGCUGCUUUUUUUAUACGUAUUUUUCAGUUUUUUAUCCCAAAUUUCCUUUGCUAUCUGAAGUUCUCUUUCUAGAAAAAAAUACUAUGGGAAGUUUAAGAUACUAUUAUUUCCAAUAGUAUGUGCGCUGGCUGGCAUCGCACAUGCCCUGCUUGCCUCAUCUGAAGCCAAAUCAUUCAGGCUAUGCUGCGGGAUCCUUGGCAGGAGGCACAUUUUUCUAUGGAGCAGUCUCUUCUCGUUGCCAAUCAACGCGCCUCUCUAUACAAGUGAGUCGCCGGUCGAUACUUGUGAUGAUCUGAGCCAUGAGCCAGUUCGUGCCAGACUGGGGAAACAUGGGGGACAUCUCCAGGCCGCUCGGCGAGGACGAUGACCUCAUGGAGCUGCUGUGGUGCAACGGUAAUGUCGUCAUGCAGAGCCAGGGUCAUCGGAAGCUGCCGCCGAGGCCGGAGAAGGUUCCGGCGCCGGCGGUGGUGCAAGAAGACGAGGCCGGCCUGUGGUUCCCGUUCGCGCUCGCCGACUCGCUCGACAAGGACAUCUUCACGGACCUCUUCUGCGAAGAGCCACCGGGGGCGGCCGUGGUCGACGGCGCCGGCAAGGCCGGCAGGGGGGACGGUGCCCCGUUAUUAGGGGACGUCGACGGGCGCAGCAGCCAGUCGUCCGCGGUGUCGGCGGCGAGCGACCUGAUGCCCCCUCCCAAGUCCACGCACACGCACGUGUCCUGCUCCAGCAGGCAGCAAUCGAUGAGCCUGGCUGACUGCGGCGACAACGCCGGCGGCGUCGUGUCGGGCCUCGUCCAGGCCCGGGCCGGGAAGGCGGCGAUGGAGGAGGGCGCGUCGUCGACGCUGAGCGCGAUCGGGGCGAGCUUCUGCGGGAGCAACCAGGUGCAGGUGCAGGGCGCGGUGAGCGAGCAGGGGCGCGCCGGCCACACCACUGUCUAUGGCGGCAGAGGCGCAGGCAGCGCUCUGCCCUCGGCAGUGGGGAGCGGAAAUGCAAACGCCAGCGGCAGGGGCCACGAGGCCACCGUCGCCUCCUCGUCGGGGCGGUCUAACUACUGCUUCGGCGCCGCCGCCACCACCACCACCACCACGACCGGCACCGAGCCGACGAGCACGAGCAACAGGAGCAGCAAGCGCAAGCGGGGGCUCGACACGGAGGACUCGGAGAGCCCCAGCGAGGACGCCGAGUCAGAGUCCUUGGCGCUCGACCGCAAGCCGCCGCAGAAGCUCACGACGGCGCGGAGGAGCCGCGCCGCCGAGGUGCACAACCUGUCCGAGAGGAGGAGACGAGACAGGAUCAACGAGAAGAUGCGAGCGCUGCAAGAGCUCAUACCCCACUGCAACAAGACUGACAAGGCGUCGAUGCUGGACGAGGCGAUCGAGUACCUGAAGACGCUGCAGAUGCAGGUGCAGAUGAUGUGGAUGGGCGGCGGCAUGGCGGCGCCGCCGGCGGUGAUGUUCCCGGGCAUGCACCAGUACCUGCCGCAGAUGGGGCCCGCGUCCAUGGCGCGGAUGCCCUUCAUGGCGCCGCAGCAGCAGGGAAGCCUGCCGGAGCAGUACGCGCACUUCCUCGGCGUCAACCACCACCACCUGCAGCCGCCGGCCCACCACCACCACCACCAGCAUUUUGCGCAGGGGGUGGGCUACUACCCGCUAGGGCCGAAGGCCCUGCAGCAGAGUCCGGCGCUCCACCACGUGCCCAAUGGCAGCGGUACGCCUGCCGCUACCGCCAACACCGCGCCGGGAAACGCGAUACACCCAAACAAAAGAUGAGGUAAUUACGAAAACGAGAUAAGAGGAACAAUAAAAUGGAAAGGAACUGCGGCGGCACAGCAGCAGCAAGUACAGCAGUAUAUACAUGGAGCAGAGGAAACGCUGAUGGGAACCAAGUUCUUCCAUCUUCUGCCCCCUUUGAGAUCCCGGCAGGAAAAUUGUAGCAAAUCAUGGUGAUCUCUCUUGUUUCAUUUUUGCUGGGAAAUCGCGCGAAUGUCUAGCUAACUGAUUAUAUUGUUAAUAUAACCUUUUGGGUUUUGCUCUUGAUACUACCUCAGGUUGUUGCCUACUGAUUGGGCAUGCACCCUCCUUGUACUAAUAUUGGAUUUGCAGUUUUUUUGUCGAGAGUUGAAAUAGAUUUGAUUUCA